AUGUCUUACGAAGUGUUGGCAGAUAAUAUCGAGAAGCCUUUAGUGGAUGAUAGAGAGUAUAAGUUCAUCAAACUUUCCAAUGAACUAAAAGUGUUGUUGAUCCAUGAUCCCCAAACUGACAAGUCGGCCGCAGGUUUGGACGUAUUCGUUGGUUCUUACAAAGACAAGGACUUUGAAAUCCCAGGCUUGGCCCAUUUCUGUGAACACUUGUUGUUCAUGGGUACGAAGAAGUACCCACUGGAAAAUGAGUAUGCUUCAUAUUUGUCCAACCAUGGUGGGCAUUCUAACGCUUUUACAUCUUUCGAGCACACAAACUACUAUUUUGAAGUCAACUCUGGUCACUUGGAAGGAGCUUUGGACAGAUUUGCCCAGUUUUUCAUCGAGCCAUUGUUUGACGAGUCUUGCAAGGACAGGGAAAUAAACGCUGUUGACAGUGAAAACAAGAAGAAUUUGCAGAAUGAUUUGUGGAGAUUCUACCAAUUGGAAAAACUGACUUCCAAUCCCAAGCAUCCUUAUAACCAUUUCUCCACUGGAAACCAUGUGACUUUGGGUGAUGAGCCAUUGUCCAAGAGCCUAAAUGUUAGAGAAAUUUUGUUGGAUUUCCAUGAUAAGAACUAUUCUUCUAACUUGAUGAAUUUGGUUAUAUUGGGAAAGGAGUCCUUGGAUGAGUUGACUGCGUUUGCUAUAGAAAAGUUCAGUUCCAUCGCAAACAAGCACUUGCCAGAGAGACCUGAUUACAACAAUGAAGUCGUUUAUAAUGAAGACAGUUUGGUCAAGUGUACCAAGGCAAAAUCUAUUAUGGAUACGAACAAAAUGGAGUUAACUUUUAUGAUUCCAGAUGAUCAGGAUUCUAAUUGGGAAUACUUACCAGCUGGUUACUACAGCCAUUUGAUUGGCCACGAAAGUAGAGGUUCUAUUUACUAUCAUCUCAAUGAGUUGGGUUUGAUUAGCUCCUUGAGUUGCGGUAGCACUAAAGUAUGCUCCGGUUCUGCGUUGUUCGUUAUUGAAUGUGAGUUGACUCCGAAGGGAUUAGAAAACUACGAGGACAUCGUGGUGAAUAUCUUUGAGUAUCUUAAGUUGAUCAAAAGCUUAUCUCCACAGGAAUGGUUAUUCGAUGAAAUUAGAAAGACCAACGAAAUCAACUUUAGAUUCAAGCAAAAGCAAAAUGCCGCUCAAACAGUUAGUCGGAUGAGUAAUAGCUUAUACAAAUUUGCGUCAAAUAUUCCUUCCAAGUGGAUGUUUAAUUACACUUCAAAGACCAAAUUCAAUCCAGAUGUUAUAACUGAAUUCGGUAACUUCUUAUGCUUAGAAAACUUGAGACUUCAAGUUUCAGCCAAAACGUUCUCCGGUUUCACCAAAAAGGAAAAGUGGUAUGGAACUAGCUAUGAAUAUGAUGAUAUUGAUAAAAAGUUGAUCCAAAGAAUCCAAUCUUGCUCAUUAAAUGAAAACUUCAAUUUACCAAUGAAAAAUCCUUUCAUACCAGAGAACUUCGAGAUCCUUAAUAAGAACAUGCCCAAUUCCGAACCUUUGAAGUCUCCGUUCUUGAUUAAAGAUGAUAAUCAAUUCCAAGUUUGGUUUAAACAGGAUGAUCAGUUCAAUGUGCCAAACUUGAUCCUUCAUUUGUUCUUGCAUUUACCUAAAUCGAAUGACAGUAUUGAAUCCUCAAUUAAAACUCAAUUAUUCUGUGACUUGUUGGAUGAUGAGCUUAACGACAUCAGCUACUACGCUUCUACAGUUGGAUUGUCAUUAUCUGUCAACCAAUGGAGGGACGGUAUACUUGUGAAGUUGAACGGAUAUAACGAUAAGAUUUUUACCUUAUUAAAGGAAGUAUUGGCUAAAAUCAUUUCUUUCCAGCCAGCUGUAAAUAAGUUCGAAUUAAUCAAGUUCAAAUUGUUGCAAGACUUCAAAAACUUUGGAUAUGAGGUUCCAUACUUGCAGAUCAACACCAACUUUUUGACUAUGGUUAAUGAGAGAACGUAUUUGACAAAUGAUAAGAUUCCCGUGUUGGAGGCUAUAAAUUAUGAGGCUUUGACCAGCUUCAUUAAGGAAGAUUUAUUCAGUAAUGUGUUUGUUGAGUCCUUGUUGGUAGGUAAUCUUAACAUGGAACAAUUAAACAAAUAUGUUGAUUUGAUUGGCAAGAGUUUUAGUGACAUUCCCAAGCUCGACACUAACCUCAACAAUGUUCACAAAAUGAUCAAAUUACAAAGCCACACUAGUGAUGUCAAUGUGAUAGUGGACUUGGAUUUGGAUGAUGUAGAAAAUGUGAACUCGUCUAUUGACUACUUCGUCAAGAUUUGCAAACCAACCGAUUAUGAACAAAGAAGUCUUGCAGAGUUAAUAUCAACUAUAUUCCAUGAACCAUGUUUCAACCAGCUUAGGACUAAAGAGCAAUUGGGAUACGUUGUUUUCUCUGGAACCAGGAUCUUGAGAAACUAUAUGGGUUACAGAGUUUUGGUUCAAUCUGAAAAGUCUCCCAAUUACUUGAGAUCAAGAAUCGAAAACUUCUUCUCUAUGAUGAAGGACAAAUUGGCUGACAUGACUUCUGACGAAUUCGAAAAGUACAAGAAGACUUUAAUUGAUAAGAAGUUGAUAAAAUUGAAGAACUUAGGUGAAGAGUCAAGCAAAUUUUGGAACUCUAUCACUGAUGGCCAUUUCGAUUUCAAGGCCAACCAGAAAUUGGUUGAUCACAUUGAGACUUUAACUCAAGAUCAACUUAUUGAGUUCUAUAACAAGUUCAUUGAACCUUCUACUAGCAAGGCUCCUAGGUUUAUAUUGAACCUCAAUUCCCACAAGAGCAAGUUUGUGGCAUUGAAGAGUAUUAUUGGUUCUAGUGACUCUGAAAUCAUUGAAUUGAUUGAAAGGUAUGAAGAUAAUAUUGAAGAGUUGGUUGGUAGCGUGACUAAGCAAAAGAAUGAAUCUUCUGACUUUAAAGCGAACUUAUUGCAGGAAAUCAAGACUAAAAUGGAAGAAUGGUUCCCAGAUUUCAGUGAUAAAAGAAUCAAGUUCAACGAGUUCAAGGAUUUCCCUAAAGCUGGGAUUCCUGCCUCAGUUGAGCCAAUGUCGAACUUUCAUUACGCUGAACUGCAUUUAUAA